AUGUCUGCGUCACGAUCCUUUGCGACUUGCUUGGCCAAGCUCUCGGCUACGGCACCUCGAACAAUACAGUUGAUGCGACUUGGUCAGAAUGUACUGUCUCAGAAAGCCAAGGGUCGAUCUUCUACAAUCUCUCGAUUUACUCGCUUCUCGCCUGUUUCCCAUAGAGCAUUUACUACCACGACGCAACGGCGCCAUGGACAUAUUGACCCCCCGAAGCCCGGUGAGGAACUUUAUGUCACAUUCAUCGAGAAGGACGGCACAGAGAACAAGUUUGCUGUUUCGGAAGGGGACAACCUUCUCGAUAUCGCCCAAGCAAACGAUCUAGAGAUGGAGGGCGCAUGCGGAGGAUCUUGCGCCUGCUCGACAUGCCAUGUUAUCGUUGCCGACGACGCAUAUUUCGACAAGAUGCCCGAACCCGAGGAUGACGAGAACGACAUGCUGGACCUGGCCUUUGGACUCACCGAGACGAGUCGAUUGGGCUGCCAAGUUAAGAUGACCAAGGAGCUAGACGGCCUAGUGGUGAAGCUGCCAUCCAUGACGAGGAACCUGCAAGCGAGCGACUUCAGUUAA